UUGUUGGUAUAGGCAGUGAUCUCCUUGACCUUCAGUGGAGGGGAAAGUAUAAAAACCAAAGCAAUUUGCUUGGGCAACUCUUUGAGUCCCUGUUGAAUUUCUUCAUUUCUGAAGAAGACGCUUUUGGGGGAAAUUCUGUGGCAAAAUGGCAACUUUAAAUGAAAAGAAGACCUGCAGUGAACGGAUGGAAAAUUUCCGCCGUUUUGUCUGGAAUCCAGAAACGAAGCUGUUUAUGGGAAGGACCUUGAUUAACUGGGUGUGGAUCAGCCUGUACUACCUGGCCUUCUACGUGGUGAUGACUGGGAUCUUUGCCCUCUCCAUAUACUCCCUAAUGAGGACGGUGAAUCCCUACGAGCCAGAUUACCAAGACCAGCUCAAGUCCCCAGGUGUAACAUUACGACCAGACGUGUAUGGGCACAGAGGGCUACAAAUCUACUACAACGCAUCUGACAACAAGACCUGGGAGGGGCUGGUGACAAUGCUCCAGACGUUUCUGACAGCAUAUAGCCCAGCUGCUCAGCAUCUGAACAUCAACUGCACAAGCAACACAUACUUCAUCCAGAACACCUUUGAUGGUCCAAAUAACACAAAACUGUCCUGCAAGUUUACAUCAGAUAUGCUUCAAAACUGCUCUGGCAUCACAGAUCCUACUUUUGGAUUUCCAGAAGGAAAACCUUGCUUUAUUGUAAAGAUGAACAGGAUUAUCAAAUUUUAUCCUGGCAACGGCACAGCACCGAGAGUGGACUGCACCUACGUAGGUGACGAGUCCCGCCCGCUGGAGGUAGAAUACUACCCGGUGAAUGGCACCUUCAACCUGCACUACUUCCCCUACUAUGGAAAGAAGGCACAGCCCACUUACAGUAAUCCUUUGGUAGCGGUGAAAUUUCUCAACAUUACAAAGAAUGUAGAAGUCAAGAUAGUGUGCAAAAUCAUUGGAGCCGGGAUUACCUUUGAUAACGUUCAUGACCCCUAUGAAGGCAAAGUGGAAUUUAAAUUGAAAAUAGAGGACUGAGCAGAGAGAGACACUUCUGAAAAGCUGAUGUGAAGAAUGACUUACCUGUUGUCACAUAGACUGAUAUUUAUUUCCCAUGAUUGCCAUAUGAAUGUACUCAAAUUACAGUGAGUAGACAGUUUCUACUGAGAGGUAACCCAUAUAACUAAAAAGCAGUACAUCACUCAGCAUGUGAAACAGAUGGGAAUUAUCCCCAAUGUACACAGCCUAGUGUUCUGUGGCUACACUGUGCUUAAACCUCUAUGCAAAUCCUUGUACAAAACAUGUGUCUUCUAACCCAAGCAGGUGUGCUUUCCAAGAAAAGGAAGUAUGGGAUCAAAUGUUGUUUUUCCUCAUUUUUCAAACUCUAAUAAAUAACUGAUGUACAAUACUGAAUACUGGAUAUUGUAGAAGCAAUAGCUAGAAAAAUAAGUAGCUUGAAAUACUCUGAGAUACCCUUCUCAAUCUGCCUUGUACAGGAUGUUUAAACUGUAAAGGGACAGCCUUUAUUUAUCUGCAUGCCAAUGCAUUGCUUUGUGUAUCAGCCAGCUGAGUCUGACUUCAGUUGACAAAUCAAUAACUGCAAGAGAAGAACUUUAAAGCGGCCUGUAGCUUUUCUAAUACCUAGCAUCUGUGAUUUCUUUCUAACAAUAAAAACGCUUUUUUGGUUGGUU